GAAUAAGUUUGAGAUGGAUGAGUUAACACCAACGAAACUUUAAUUUAUCGCUAUCUACUAUUUUAUAAUACUACCAUAUACCUAUCUUAUAUUCACUCCUUCACAUUUCAAGUUUACUCACCAUUAACCCCAGACACAUAAUAUAAAGAUGCCACCAGCACUCUGCGCCCUCUGCAAAACAGAGCGAGCACUAAUCAAGCGGCCCAAGAACUACCAAAAACUGUGCAAGGGUUGUUUCAUUCAAAUAUUUGAAGAUGAGGUGCAUCACACAAUGAUCUCAUCACAAUUAUUCUUUCCGGGCGAAAAAGUGGCGAUCGGGGCAUCAGGCGGCAAAGAUUCUACCGUUCUAGCCUCAGUUCUCAAAACUCUUAAUGAAAGACAUAACUACGGGGUCGACUUAGUACUCUUAAGUAUCGAUGAGGGUAUCAAGGGUUACAGAGAUGAUUCACUCGAAACAGUCAAACGCAACGCAGUCCAGUAUGACAUGCCCCUAAAAAUAGUAGGAUAUGACGAGCUCUAUGGUUGGACAAUGGAUCAAGUCGUUGAAACUAUUGGCAAGAAAGGAAAUUGCACCUAUUGUGGUGUCUUCCGGCGCCAGGCUCUUGACCGGGGUGCAAAGAUGUUAGGGAUUAAACAUGUCGUCACCGGUCAUAAUGCUGAUGAUGUCGCCGAGACUGUUCUCAUGAAUCUACUUCGAGGAGACUUGCCGCGCCUGUCAAGAAGUACAAGCAUCGUUACCGGAAGCGAUGCCAGUGAGGUCAAGAGGAGCAAGCCGCUCAAGUAUUCAUAUGAGAAAGAAAUCGUAUUAUACGCACAUCACAAGAAGCUCGACUAUUUUAGCACCGAAUGCAUUUAUAGUCCAGAGGCCUUUAGGGGGAGUGCCAGAAGUUUAAUCAAGAAUUUGGAGAGGGUCCGUCCCAGUGCUAUCUUAGAUGUUGUUCGGAGUGGCGAAGAUAUGGCGAGACUGGUUCCUGGAGCUACACCAAAUUCUUGUAAUUGUGAUGGGAAGACAACAUCCCAUCGAGCUCCAACUGAUGAAGACAACAUAGGGGGUUGUGGCUCAGCAAACGGACGAACGAAUGGCGGCGAGAUGGCAGCUAUGGAGAAACAACUCCGAGAAACUGAAGCUGCUGAGGCUGCGGGACUUGAAACAGAAAUCACAGUUGCAAAGGUCGAAAGUCAACAUCGUGAGAAGUCGAAUCAAUCAAAUGGCCAGCUCAAGACGGCAGGAACCACUGUUCCCAUUAGACUGAAACAAAAAUUAGGUACAUGCGAGAAGUGUGGCUAUAUGUCGAGCCAGAAGUUAUGCCAGGCUUGCAUGCUUCUUGAGAGCCUGAAUAAAAAUCGGCCGGAGAUCACGAUAUAGAAUUGGAAUGGACAAGGCGUUCCGGCAUUCUAGAUGUGUUACAUUGAUAUUGGGAAGAUACCCGAGUAAAAUCAUGG